GUAAACACCACACUCAUAGUGAAUCCGGACUUGCCCAUUGCCCCGUUGGCCCGUCAUGUCAGUCGAAAUUCGUCGAGUGCUCGGGUCCGAGUCCGACCUCCCGCUCCUGCGACGAUGCGCGGCCGUUGAAACCCUCGCUUUUGCCGACAGCGCCCUGAACCCCGUCGUCUUCCCAGGUCCCUUCGAUCCCGGUGCCGACGAUAAACGGGCCGGAGAACUCCUAUCCCUUUUGCGCGAGGAGCCAGGUGCCCGUAUCUUCGUCGCUGUCGAUCCCGAAGCCGAGAGGGACGCCGACGCCGACGAUGACGAUGACGAUGCCGUCCUCGGUUGGGCCAAGUGGGCUGUUUACCCGGAUGCCACCCCGCCGCCGAAACCCCGCGUCUGGGGUCCAGGCGUCAACAAGGAGGCGGCCGACUUGGUUUUUGGUGCCAUUGAUAAGAUGCGCGAGCGCGCCAUGGUUGGGAAGCCCUGGGUCUAUCUUCACAUUUUGGUGAUAGACCCCAAACACCAGCGCCGUGGCAUUGGUCAGCAGCUCAUGUCAUGGGGUAUGCAAGAGGCUGCCCGUCUCAAUAUCCCCUCCUUUCUUGAAUCGUCCGUUGCGGGGAGGAGGCUCUACCAAAAGUGCGGUUACCGUGACAUCGACGUAGCCGAAACCUCUCUGAGAAGGUUCGGGCUGGACGAGAUUCAUCGAAACUGGGGCAUGUUGUGGGAGCCUCCUAACAAACGGUGCCCAUAAAUUUCCUCUUGUGAGGACAGCUUUCGCUUUCCCGAAGGCACAUUUGGGGGCUUUGUCACCCUUGAGCAACGUUGCGAUUCUGAGCUUGACGGCGAACAGCUUUCCUCAUGCACCGCUUCGGACGAACCUAUGGGGGGUGUAUGGGUGCAUGAGCGUUAACUCAUCGGCUAACGCUCUGCUUGCCACGUGGAAGUGUGCCAAACAGGUCCUGUACUGCUUGCUCUAGUGGAUAGAGUAGAAUGAGCUCAAACUAAUCCACGUCUUGUGGG